ACCCCAACCCCUCCAUCCGCCCAAUUCCAAUAGCAACAGCGAUGAACUCUUCACGGCUGCUUACCUCACUGUUUCGACAGCUUUUCACAACCCCAGCACGAUCCUGCCAACACCAACAGCACCGCGCCUUCCAUGCUACCAGAAUCAUUCUUGACAAGGGAAAAAGCGGAAGCUCAAAGCAGUGGUUACAACGACAAGGAAGGGAUCCCUAUAAUAUCGAAGCAAAACUCAAACAAUACAAAUCCCGCGCCGCCUUCAAACUCAUCGAGAUGAACGACGCCCAUAAAUUCCUCAGACCAGGAAUUACCGUCGUCGACCUCGGCUUCGCCCCAGGCUCCUGGACCCAAGUAGCCGUCGCCAAAACCCGCCCAGGCGGCAGCGUCCUAGGAAUCGAUGUAAUCCCCGCCCAACCCCCAGCAGGCGCCUCAGCAAUGCAAGCAAACUUCCUCUCCCGCCGAGCACAAAUCGCCGCCAAAGAGUUCUUCGCUAACGGCGCAAACGGACGAGCAAGUCCGGGGGGGCAUGUUCAAAGUCCAGAAUUGGGGGAGGCGCAUUUGGCGGAGGGGAGUGCACAUCGGGAGGACAUUUUUACGGUGAAUGUUGUGUUGAGUGAUAUGUCCGAGCCCUUGCCCCUAUAUCAAGGUGUGCCCCAUAGUCUGAAACAGCCCUACUUUAGGAUGGCGAACACGACCGGUCUUACCGUCGCCGACCACGGUGCCUCGAUGGAUCUGUGCGAUGCCGCCCUUGUUUUCUGUCUCGACGCCCUCACCACCGGCGGCCACUUCAUCUGCAAGUUCUUCGACGGAGACGAAGCCCCCGCAUUCGAAGAUCGACUCAAGAAAGUUUUCGAAAAAGUUGAGAGAGAGAAGCCGGAUGCGAGUAGGAAGACGAGUCGGGAGGGGUAUUUUGUUGCGAUGAAUAAGAGGGCCAACUUGGAUGCGAAGGCUUUGAAGAAGGAGUUUUGGGGAUGACGUACUAGGAUUACGAAGUAAAACACCUAUGAUCUCUGC